AUGAAGUUUUUCAUCCAGCAAGAGGACGAGGAGGUCUUGGUCCCUGGUCUGGAGAUGAUGCCGUUUUCACGGUCCAACGACUUGGACGGGGUGCAGCUGGUGGUGAGCGAGAACCGCCCCGUGCUGGUGGUGCUGGCGGGGAGGCACUACGAUGCCAAGGCGCCGGUCUUCUUGUCGCACCGGGGGCUCCUGGUGGGUUCUGGCUUCCGCCUGCUGAGCUGCGGCAGUCUCUCCGAGUCUUCAGAGCACGAGGAGGCGGUGGUGCAGGUGGACUUGGACCUGGAGCCGGGCGCCUGGGAGGUCUUCCAACAGCUUCAAGCCAGCCUCUGCCGCGAGAAAUCCACGGGCCGCGUGUUGGUGGAGGAGCUGGACGGCUUUCCCGAAGGCAGGCUGAAGAUCCGGCUAAUGCCGCAGCUGCCUAGUGCCCACAGCCUCCAACUGCUGGGGCUUUGCGUGGUGGGGGACGCCACUUGGCGCCCGAAGAUCAUGUUGGAGGAGUGCACCUGGGAGGGCAUUGGGCAGCCGUGGGCCUGCGAGAAGCGGGGCUUGCAGGUCUUGCGCAAGGAGCUGGCGCGGACCCGGGCGCAGUAUCCGGAGGCGACCGACAUCGAAGCGGAGGGCGUCCGCGGCCUCUGCGCCACGCUGCUCGCACGGGAGCGUGCCGUGCUGGACGCGGCCAUCCACCUAGCAGACGAGCGCCUUGAGGAGAAGCAGGCGGAGGAGCCCGUGGAGGUGGAGGAGUCAAAGGAAGUGCAGACUGCGGUGCUUCAGGCGUUGGAGCGGCUGACCAAGCUCUUUGAGGAGCAGCUGGAGUCUCCGAAGGCGUCCUUUCCAGGUGCUGGCAGUGCGGUGCAGGAGCUUCAGAUUUUGCUGGCGAUCUUACGCGCGAAUGUGGAGGUUGCCUGCGAGCCAAAGCGAGUGCUCCAGGACUUAACGCCGCGCUCGGAGGUCCAGGUGACGGCCCUAAGGGCGUUGCUGAGCUGGAAGCUUUGGGAGCAGAAAGAUGGGCCACCUGCCGCUUCACUGGAGACUGGUGCUCUGCGACUGCAACUCCGAGACUCUCGCGCGCUGCGGGACCUCAGGCUUGCAGUGCAGCAAGACCCGGGCUGCAAAGAGGCGCGAGACUUGCUUCGGCAUGCGGAAGCCAUGCAGGCUCAGGACUACUCCCUCGACUGGGAGCAGGGAGAGGAGGAUGAGCCUUCGGAGCCUAAGGUCGAGAAGACCAGCCCAAGCCCGCGGAAAGGAGGCACCCGCAAGGUCUCACAGGCCAUUGCAAGCCUGCGGCGGCAAGGCCCGCUGAGGCAUGUCUACUUGGAUCGCAGGUCUGAUGGGCGUCUGGGCCUCCGUGUCACCGAAUCUGCCAGUGGCUUGGAAGUGGAGGAAGUGCUGGAAGGCCUCGUGAAGGACUGGAACACGGCAGCACCGGAGGCGGCUGUGAGUGCAGGUGAUCGGAUUGUGAAAGUGAACGAUGUCAGGGGUGAAGGACUGCUGGCAGAGUGCGGCAAGCAGCAGGUGCUGCGCCUGGUGGUAAAGCCACGGGGCGACGAGUUCGUUGCUGCAGAUCCGCCAGACAUCCAGGAGGUGGCGCAGCACCCUGAGUCGGCCGCCUGGAGCGACGUGAUCUUGCAGAAGCUCUUGGGGUUCAACCCUCCGUGCCUCUGCGACUGGCAGUGGCACGCCACGGCUCCUCUGUCGGAAGGUUCGCGGGACUGGGACAUGGCAGUGCUUCAGCUGCCGGGUUGCACUUGGAGUGUGGCAGUGGACGACAUCUUCAGGGGACCCUUGCGGUGCAAGGAGCGCCUCAGCUUCAAGCGCUCGAGCCUGGCAUCGAUGCGGCACGAGGUGCUCCUGCUGCCGCUGGAGGUCCGGAGCUGCAAGACCUUAUCUCAGCUGCCCAUUGAGGUGUGGCACUUUCUUAUGGAGCUCAAGAAAGCCGUUUCCUCCUGCCGGAUUGUGGCGUUGACCUGCGGCGCCAACGGGCCGAGCGGCGCUGGCGCGCGGAAUGACGGGUUCGGCAUGCCGGCGGCCUCCAUGGUGCGGGGGAUGUUCCGGUGCUUCCGUAUCGAAGCGCCCCAGAUACCCAUUCUGCACAUCGACACAGACGCCCUGGGCAAGCCCGGCCGGGCCUCGGACUUGGAGGCGCAGAUCCGCGACGAGUUGGAGCUGAGCCUCGACGCCUCCCAGGGUGUGGCCUCCGCUGGCCGGGAGGUGGCCUACCGCAAGAACCGGAGGUACUAUCCAAAGUUGGACGUGUGCCGACGGCGCCCCGCCAAGCAAGGCCGCUCCGAAGCUUCCGACCGCGACGGCGUGGCGCUGCUCACCGGCGGCACGGGCGGUCUUGGCAUCACCACGGCCGAGGCCCUGGUGGACGCUGGCGUGCGCCGCCUGGUGCUGUGCUCCCGCUCGGGCCGCAUUUCGGCGACCGCCCCGGGGGAACUGCCGCGGAGGCUGGCAAGGCUGCAGCAGCGUGCUGAAGUGGUGCUGGAGGCCUGUGAUGUGGCAGACGAGGAGCAGGUUGCCGCACUGCUGCGAAAGCUUCGUACCUUGGGACCUUUGCGCUGGGUGGUGCAUGCAGCGGGCAUCGCACUUCAUGAUGACCCAGCGAGGAUGAAGGUGGAAUUCACUGGUCGAUUUGCUGCUUAUGAGGGCGCUGACACCUGGUACCCCAGCUGGGGCAGUGAUGGGAACUUGUACUCCCCCUGGACGGAUGGUCGAGUGGGCCACCAGCAAGCCGCCAGCUCUUGCGCCAGUGCAACCUGUCGCUCCACGGCCGGCUUCGCCGUGAUAGUCGGGGACGACCCGCUGAAUUUGAGCAUAUCACAGGCGGGGACCUACGAAUCUUCCCCAUGGCCAUACCAUGGGCGGUACCCCAGUGCCAACUUACACCUCAACGGGGUGUGGUUUUAUGGCACCUACGCCCUGGACAAUGAGAACCAUCAACCAGGGCAGCCAUUGCGAUCAUCCGCGAGGUCUGAGUCCAGAUCUGCGGGCUACUGCGGGAACUGGUGCAUUCAGGGGCCUUUCAUCGGCUUCCGCUGGAGCAAGGACAACGGGAAGACUUGGCACGAGCCAAGGCCCGGGCCGCUGAAAGGGUAUGGGGACACCAUCUUUGGCGAAGCCGCUCAGGACAACCAGACCAAGGUCAAGUUCGGAGCCCCCCACGUGGUGGAUCUGGGGCAGGCGCUCAGGCACCGGCCGGCGGGGGAUGUGGAGCAGCUGAUGUACGUGGUAGGGCACGGCGCCUCCUCCCCGUACUCACCCACUUCAUGGAUGCAAGGCUCCGAGGUCUACAUGGCUCGCGUACGCCCGGAGAUCGGCAGGGUCAACGACAAGGACGCCUGGGAGUUCUUCGGGGAUGGCAAAUGGCAUCAAGGGGACGUGCACUUGGCUAAGCCGAUCAUCAAGUGGGGCAACAGGACUGGGGUGGUCACAAUGACAUACAUCGCAGCGGUGCAGCGCUACUUUGUGUGCAUCUCCACUCCCACAUAUAGCCCCUUCACCACGAAGCAGUUUGACACCUACUUCCUUGAGAGCCCCAAUAUUACGGGCCCUUUCCGCUACAUCAGCUACCUGAGGGAAUUUGGGCCGGAGGCGUACUUUGUAAACAUCCCCAGCAAGUUUGUGGGCGAGCUCGAUCAAGACGGCUCCCUGCGGCUUUUCCUCAGCUACUCUGCCAACUUUGCGUUGAAACCCAGCGCUCCCAAGCCGGCGGGCAGCGGGUAUCAUUGGACGCUGCAGGAGGUCAAGUUGAGAAGGCCGAAAGAAGCCCUCGUCGUCUAA